GCUGCUUGGAUAGAAACACACAGAACACAGGGCCUCAAGGAUCCGCUGCAACACCCAAGACCUUUGCGCCAAGCAGCCGCAAGAAACAAUGGCGGACGCGGCGGAACAUGCACUGGGUAAGGACCCGAUCGAGGUCGUCAAAGCGGAACUGGCGGACACACCUGUCGCUGGUGCCGUGAAGCAGGUCGCGAGCGAGAUGAAGACGGCGUUUGGCUCCCCGCAGCCGGAGCCGCUGCCGGAGAAGCCCGCCCCCGUGCCGGCGGCCACUCCGGAGGUCAACCCCGCAAAGCAGCUGAACUUCACCAACCUGAACCCCGCCACGCCCUCCACGCCGCCCAUGGUUGGCGCGGUCGGCAGCGAGGACGUGGACUACGUGGUGUUCAUCAACGAGACCCUCAUGUGGACCAACAAGGUCCGCUCCACCUUCUACUUUGUGGCUGGUCUGCUGGCCUGGGUGGUGGUGCGCGCCGUGAGCAAGUCCGACACAACCCUGUUCACCGGCCUGUGCUACGUGCUGCUGGCCUCGCUGUUUUGGAACUUCCUGCGCGCCGCCAUGGCGCCCGCCUACGCCGCCCGCUGCACCUGGGCGCACAGCGCCGUGACGCGCUUCCUGGUGGCCAGCGCCACUGCCACCCUCAACGCCGCCGCCGCGCUGCACGACCGCCACCUGCACGGCAUCGACCCGCUGCACACGCUGGAGGUCGGCCUGGGCCUGUGGGUGCUGUCGCUGCUGGGCCGCGCGCUGCCGUUUGUGACGCUGCUGCUGCUGCUCCACAUCGGCGCCUUCACGCUGCCGGUGGCCUACAAGUUCAACAAGGGCCGCGUGGACGGACUCAUCGCUGACGUGUACGGCAAGGCGCAGGCCCAGUACGAGAAGCUGGACCGGCGUGUGCGCGCCACCGCGGUGCUGGUGCCCAUGGCGGUGCUGUUCGUGCUGCUGCCCACCCUGGACCGCGUGGUGGCCGUGUUCAUCUGCCUGGCGUACGGCCGCGUGUGGGCCAAGCCCGACGAGUUUGCCAGCUUCCAGAAGAAGCGGCUGGAGCCGGUGGGCGCCACCCUGCACAAGGCCAUGACGCCGCUGACCGGUACGGUCGCCACCACCCUGAACAAGUACGAGAUCACGCCCACCCCCCGCAAGAAGAAGAUCUAGAGCACUCACUCCGACCUGGCUUGCACUGUGGCCGCUGCUGCAUCAGUCAUCCCCAGCUUAGCGCUUGCGGUCGGGCAGGCGCGGCUGGCUGGCCUUUGUGCCAGUGGCUGACAGCGCCUACCCGUAUGUGGCUGUGGGCAGCUGCGGGGUGCAUUUAAUUGACGUGGCACUUGAAGUGGUGUGUCGCGCUCAGGCAUCUUGAGGGAGUGAGGGGCAGGCAUGUUGCUGAGCGUGGGUGUGCACGUGUCGAGUAUGCGCAGUGAUUGGGUUUGCACCGGAGUGAUGCAGGUGCUUCGUCACGGCCUGCACCGGGUCAUGUGUGGUACGGUUGUGCGCCUGUGUCGUGCGUGCUGUUGUAUUUGUGUGCUGGCAGUUGCGCGGUGGGUGCGGUGCCUGCUGGCUGCACCUGUUGAUUGAGAGGCGGUUAAUGGGUAUUCCAUUCCUUAACUUACACGUGUGCGUCAAUGCGCGUCUCUGGCUGAACCACCCCGGCUGGUGGCCAGUUGGAUAGCCCGUCCUGCUGUUUCUGAGGUACAUGGUUGGUUGUGAUGUUGGCACACCGCGUUCGUUGGCCGCAGCCACGGGUGGGGGACAUGAGGGCCCCUGUGGAGCCGGACGCCUUGUUCACAGGCGCGUGAGCAGCUCCAUGUAAGCUCUAUGGCUCCAACUAUGCAAGAUGUGGCUCUGUAUGGGCGGACUCUGCCAGCGUGGGCGAGGCCUGACUCGGCAGAAACAAGGAAUGGCAUCUUCAUGGGGGCGCGUCGUAGCGGCGCGUGCUGGUCGUGUCCGUGUGGCGGGUAAGCAAGCCCAUGCGUCGAAGCCGCCGUCGGAAGGCACGUGCAAUCCACCACCACACAUUUAGCGGUGACAGCUUGUGUGGAAACGUGAACGGGCCCGAUGGUGUGCAGAUUGCAGAAGCAAUCUGCAAGGGGCCCAGGUCGAUGCGGGUUUUCUGGAUUGACUCGUGCCUUGGUGAAUAUCGGCCGGUUUGAUGAUGCCUUGCGCCUCCGUCUAUACCUCACGACCCUUGGCGCCGUGUUGCAAGUCAAUUGCAGGGUCUACCAAGUGCGGGGCCAUUCGCUGGUCCACGGCGACGCCAGGGGCAGCCAAUGACAGGUGGGGCCGGGCAAGUAGAGUUCGUUUGCCACUUGCCGCUUGUUUGCUAUGCGUCUGACUCGCUGACGUUGCCUAGGUGCCCUUGGCCAUCAUGGUUGGAAUCCUCGCUUCGGUCAUCCUUGGCGGCUUGGCCUUCUGUGGGCGUCCGCGCGCAGGCGACGGACCAGGUGCAGCUCAUGUGGUUGUGGGGCGCAGCAACGGUCGUGACGGCGGUACUGUACUCGGGAA